CGGCGAGCAACAUGGUGCCUGCCACGCCGAUGCUAAUGGUUCCGCCGUGGCCUACAGCCCAGGGACUCCUCCGGAACUGUUGGGAGCAACUGCAGUGGAAACUUUGGCAGAGCCGGCCAGGCUUUCCCAGUCCUCAAUGGGGACCAGCAUUAGCGGUCCAAGGUCCAGCUAUAUUUACAGAACCAGCAAAUGAUACCAAUGGAAGUAAGGAGAUUUCCAGCUUUUUGGAGAGCAUCUUUUGGAUGGCAGCUCCCUUAAAGUUAACAGGCAGCAUUGAAGUCAACAGGUGUAGGAGAAGAAACCCUCAUAAGCUUAUUACAGUUAAGAACAAUAUAGACAUUUGUCCUGAAUGUGGUCACAUGAAACAGAAACACGUCCUCUGUGGCUAUUGCUAUGAGAAGGUGUGUAAAGAGACAGCGGAAAUCAGACGACAGAUAGGGAAGCAAGAGAGGGGCCCUUUCAAGGUUCCUACCGUGGAGACCAUGGUGCUGUACUUGGGGGAGACACCCUCCAAGCGAGAUCAGGGCAAGAGGAUCAUUGAGAGAGAACGGAAGCGGCCAUCCUGGUUCACCCAGAAUUGACAACAAACAUGUUUCGAGAGGAUAACUUCACAUAAGACGUUUCUCCUGAAAAAGAGGAAGAUUCUUUGUUUUUAUGUUGGUUGUGUGCUUGUCUUUAAACCAUCAGCAUAGCCUAAAACAUUCUUUAUAAGCAGUUAGUCUUCUGUGAGUAAUUUGAAGAAUGCAUCAGGAGUAAAACCUGAAAAUGUUUGUUUAUGCAGAGGCUCAAUGGAUUUAUGUGUCUGUUUCUAUUAUACUAUGAAGUUUUAGUAAACAGAAUUUUCAGGACAGAAAAAUAAAACCUAGUUUAAAAUUCGUAGCCAGAAUUAUGCAUCUGGGCUCUGG